AUGGCAAGCAAGACGUCUGCUGCUGCUGCCUUGUGCUCGGCCUGCCGCGCCUCCCUCUUUCCCUCUCCCCCGUCCGCCUCGCCGCAUCGAACGUCCCGACGUCUACCCUCUCUACGCUCGCCUACCACCACACACCGCCGUCGAACGUACGCAACUACAUCCUCCUCCUCCUCCUCCGGCGAGACCACACCGCCACCGCCGCCAUGGCCUAGCUCGCCGCACCCGACACCCUACGAGAUAUUCGGCAUGGCCCGGCGUGACCCGUACGCGAAGCGCCGCUUCCACCAGCUCGUCAAGCUCUACCACCCCGACACCACACCACCACCCACCUCCUCCUCGCUUUCCCCCUCCGUCCGCACCGAGCGCUACCGGCUCGUCGUCGCCGCCAACGACCUUCUCAGCGACCCCUCCCGCCGACAGCUCUACGACCUCCACGGCGCCGGGUGGGCCUCCCCCUACGACGACGAGAACCACCUACGGCGGCGCGACCGCGACUGGCGCCACCAGCCCGGCAACGCCGCGCGCAACGCCACCUGGGAGGACUGGGAGGCGUGGCACGAGGAGCAGCGCUGGCGGCAACGACAUCCCGGCGCCGCGCCGCCGCCGGGACCCGUGUACAUGAGCAACGGGCUGUUCGCAGCGCUGGUGGUGGCCAUGUGCCUGGUCGGCGCGCUCGCGCAGAAGAACCGCGCGCUGGCGGUCGGCGAGCAGUACGUCGAGUUCGCCGAGGACCGCAACGCCGACAUUGGCCGCGCGGUGCGUCGCUCCGCGAGCGCCGCGGCCGGGCGCUCCCGCGAGGAGCGCAUCGACUCCUUCGUCCGCGAGAGGGAGAACGUCGCGUAUCGCUACCGCCCGGGCAGGUAUGAUGACGCGCCGUCGCCGUCGCCGGACGUGCCUGGGGCGGUGGAGGAGGAGGCGCCGCGGCUGCGUGGGGUGAAGGUGCCGCCGCCGUGA